GGUCAACAUCGUACAGAAAUAGAUUUGAAAUUCUACAUUUAUAAUAAGUAAUUAGAAUGUAAAAAAAAAUUGGAAAUCUUUCGUCGAUAACGAUUGUAUCAGUCAUUCUCUCUACAGUUUACUGUUAACGUAAAGACAAAUCGUUCAUACCUUCGGUAGUUUCGUUGAUAAUUUUAAUAACGGUUCUUUUUAACGCCGCAUCAUGAAGUUCGUUAACGUGACUAUACCGAUGAUCGUAUAUGGCCUGUGUUUCGUGACGAAGCUCGAAUGUACAAGGAUCCUAGUGAUAAUUCCGACGCCCUUCUAUAGUCAUCACAUCCCGUACACAAAAUUAUGGUUGGAAUUGAACAGACGUGGUCAUGAAAUUGUGCUCGCCACUACGAAUCCUAUACCCAUCUUAAACGUGACGAACAUAACCCAGAUCCAUAUCAAAGACUCUUACGGUUACAUAAAAGAUAACGAUUACGUUCGUCAACGAUUCGAAGGGGUGCCUUGGUUAAAGUUUAUUCACGAAAACGCAUGCAAAUUUAGCGAGAUAUUUGUAGAGGCCGUAUUCACUAAUCAACAGAUGAAAGAGCUAUACGAUCCUUGCAGUAACGCAACUUUCGAUGUGGUUAUAGUGGAACUAUUUACCGUUUCAUCGCUAUUAGCAUUCGCCCACAGAUUUAAUGCUCCUCUAAUAGGUUUGAGCUCAUUGUCGUUAUCUUCCAUCGAGGAGCACGCACUAGGUGGACUUAUACUGCCUUCGCAUGAAUCCACCUGGGAAAACGGAAGGAACACAGGAUCAAACUUAUCAUUCUGGAAAAGAAUACAAAACUUUUACACUUUGUGGCGCUUCAUAUACGUAAUUUAUCGUGACUUGUUCCCCUAUCAACAGAUGAUCGCUGAAAAGUAUUUCGGAGCCAAUAUACCGCCUCUGAUAAACAUAAUGAAGAACAUCAGCGUUAUAUUUGUCAAUCAUGACCAAGUUCUAACGCCUGCCAAGCUAAAACUUCCGAAUUUGCUAACAUUCACUUCGUUCCACAUUUCUAACAAGACUGUUCCACUACCAAAGGACAUGAAACGUUUCGUAGAAGGCGCAAAAAAUGGCUUUAUCUACUUCAACCUUGGUACCAAUGCACUAAGCUCGUCUAUGCCUAACGAAACUAUAGAAAUGUUUUUGGAUGUAUUCGCCAAGUUGCCGUACACAAUCUUGUGGAAAAUAGAGAAGGAACUUCCAGGAAAAGCUGACAAUAUUUUUACCGCAACAUGGUUCCCUCAACAAACUAUUCUCGCGCAACCAAAUAUCAAGCUGUUUAUGUACCAAGGAGGCGUCCAAAGCAGUCAAGAGGCUGUUCAUUUCGCGGUACCUUUACUAGGGUUCCCAGUGUUAGGGGAUCAAGACUAUCAAGUGCAGAGGAUGGAAGCCCUUGGUGUUGGGAAAUAUUUAGAACUUGUGACUUUGACGAAGAAUGAAUUGGAAUCUGCUAUUCAGGAUAUCAUAACGAACAACAGGUACAAAGAAAGAAUGCUUGAAAUCCGAAGUUUCGUUCAGGAUCAGCCCUACGAUUUGGUGAAGCACCUUGCUUGGUGGACGGAAUUUGUGAUCCGUCACAAAGGCGCUAAGCACCUUCAUACAGACUUGGUUUGGGUACCUUGGUAUCAACGAUUUGACAUGGACAUUGUGAUAUUUUUAACAAUCGUUACGUGCAUAGCGGUUUCAAAUGCACUCGGUUUAAUCAUAAAAUUUCUCGCGUACUUACGCAUAUAAGCAACGAUAAGCAGAAAACGAGUCGACCAGUUAACGUUAGAUCGAUAUAUUA